UAAACACACUCAAGCCUUAGCGGUGAACAUAAAUAUACGAUCGCUGCAUUAUAAACCCUGGUCAGAAGUUAGUUAGCUAAGUAGCAAGUAUUGCAUUUAUACAAUUUUUACAUAGUAAUAUAUUGUUGCUAGUGCAGUUCUCAGCUUGUUAAAAUGGAUUGUCCUGUGAUGGAUUACAUUAGUAAUAAUUAUUAUCAACAAAAAGAAGCCAAUGAUGUUAUACGUAAAUUUGUUGAGAAAAUGACUUGGAAAACUGAUGAAGUAGUUUUAGACUUAGGAUGUGGACCAGGUGAUGUUUCUUCAAAUAUUCUAUAUCCACUUAUCAAAAAUAAAAUCAAACAGUUGGUCUGUGCUGAUAAAUUACAUAAAUUUAUCGAAUACGCAAAAAUAUCCUACGAAAAUUCUCAUAUAAAUUUCAAAAUAUUGGAUAUUGAAAAUGCAAACGAAUGCUCUUUGUAUGCACACACCUUCGACAAAAUAUUUUCAUUUCUCUGUUUUCACUGGGUUUGGAAUAAAAUGAAUGCAUUAGUUAACAUGAAAUCAAUGUUGAGGAACAAUGGAGAAAUUUGUAUUCACUAUUUGUUAAAUAAUCCAAACCUCGAAAUAUAUAAAAAAAUGGACCCAGAAUGGCAAAUUUAUACAAAAAAAACUAUGCAAGCUAAUAUGCCGGUGUAUUCAUUGGAGGAAACCAAAACUAUUUUUGAAAAAGCUGGGUUUCGAGUUGUCAGUAUUGAAACGAAUAAAAAUAAAUUUACAUUUCAAAAUAUAGCAUCAAUAAUAACAUUUUUUACUACAAUUAAAGCAGGAUACACUUUAUCAUCCACAUUACUUAAUUGUUCGGUGAAUGUCCUUAGCAAUAUUAGUGCUGCUACUGCUUGCUUCAUUGAAACACGAUGCACAGGCUCAGUUGAUGCUUCUUCGACGUCAUCAACAUCUUCAGUGCCACGAACGGAGUCAGUUAUAUCGUCAUUUGUCAGAAUACCAGAAACGACAACGUCAUUAUCGAUUUCAACAAAAUCAUCAAAGGUUUCUUCUGCGAUUUCAUAA